CGGCGGCGGAGCGGGGGCCCGGGACGGCGGCGCCUACCAGGGCGCGCUGCUGACCCGCGAGCAGUUCUCGGGCGCGCUCGGGCGGCCCGUGGGAGCCUCGUACCCCACCACCUACCCGGCCUACGUGAGCCCAGACGUGGCCCCGGCUUGGACCGCAAGCCCCUUCGAGGGCAGCGUCCUACAAGGCCUGCAGGGCCGCCCGGCCGGGCUCGGAGGCCGCAGGGCCGCCUUCGUGUCCGACUUCUUGGAGGAGUUCCCCGGCGAGGGCCGUGAGUGUGUCAACUGCGGCGCCCUGUCCACGCCGCUGUGGCGCCGAGACGGGACGGGCCACUACCUGUGUAACGCCUGCGGCCUCUAUCACAAGAUGAACGGUGUCAACCGCCCGCUGGUGCGGCCCCAGAAGCGCCUGUCCUCAUCCCGCCGUGCCGGGCUCUGCUGCACCAACUGCCACACUACCCACACCACGCUCUGGCGGCGGAACACAGAGGGGGAGCCUGUGUGCAAUGCCUGCGGCCUCUACAUGAAGCUGCACGGGGUGCCGAGGCCACUGGCAAUGAAGAAGGAAAGCAUCCAGACUAGGAAGCGGAAGCCAAAGAAUGUGGCCAAGGCCAAGGGCUCCACAGGAUCCACAGCACACGCCACAGCUUCCCCGCCCACGGUCCCCAGCACCGAGUGCUCAGCGGCCACCCUGAAACCAGAGCCCAGCCUGGCAUCCCCAGCGUGUGCCGGGCCUGGUGUCGCCUCUCAGGCCUCCGAGCCGGCAGAUGACCCCCUGGCCCCCAGCCACUUGGAGUUCAAGUUCGAGCCCGAGGACUUCGCCUUUUCGUCCACCGCCCUGGGCCCCCAGGCCGGCCUCAGUGGGGCCCUGCGCCAGGAAGCCUGGUGUGCACUGGCCCUGGCCUAGGUCCCCAGACAGCCUAGCAUUGGGGGAGCUCCCCAGGACAGCACCCACAAAUCCACGCGGUGCCUGCAGACCAUGGAGCCCACCUGCCCUCCGAGACCGGCCCCCUGGAGUGAGUCGGGUGGUCACAAGUGUCACCAGCAGUGGUGGGGACGCUCCUGUGCCCCGGCCCAGAGGGAGAGAGGAGCCAGAAGGAAAGGACGCACCCCACCUGACAGCAAGGGACUGCCACGCCCUGCAGCCAAGGUCGACUUGAAUUCCCUUGUCAGCACUCACACAUUUCAGCAGCAUUUCCAGGUUGCAGCAGCUGGGGAAGGCUCCCAACUUGCUUCUGUAAAACCCGGAUUCCAAGCCGGCAUGGUGGCACACACCUGCCAUCCCAGCACUUGGGAGGCUGAGGCAGGAAGAUCGCCAGGAG